AGUGCAUAGGAACUUCAGUUAUACUAAUUAAAAUCUACAGACAAAAAUGAAACUGACUAGCCUAUUUUCAUUAUCCAAGAUGAGUGGGAAAAGGCCUGGUCUUUUGGUUAAUGAACUCGAUUUGGACUCGAGAGACCUGGAUCCCUUUCCUGAUUCUACCACAGAUACCCUGCAUGACCUUGGUCAAGUCAUUUUAUCUCUGUGCUUUCGCCUGUCAAAUGGGGAUAACAAUACUUAGUUUCUCUCACUCUUUGCUGUCUGAUCUAUUUGGACUGUAAACUCUUUGCAUCAGGGAGCGUCACCUACUAUGUGUUUGUGAAGUGCCUAGCCCAAUGGGGCCCCCAGGCUCUGUGGCUACUGGUACAAAUAAAAACUGAAAUGCAAUAAGUUCACAGCAGAAAGGGACAGACAAAUCAGCUUUUCAAGUUAUUCAUAUCUAACGAUCUAAAGAGUCAUUAAUAGCAUAGCUAGAGGAGGAGUUGAGUUGGCUUUUGGUAACAAAAGAGUGGGAGUUGCUUCACAGUUUAGCUUGCCACAACAAGCCUGAUUUUUAAUCCCUCCCCACCUUGUAACUUCCUCAAUAAGAAACUGGUCUUCCUGAAAUUUCACGUCAUAUCUCACCCCAAGGUAGCAUUGUUUUCUGGCAAGUGUGGUGACAAUUGACAAAGGAGUUUUCAAGUUAGUGUUCUGAACAUGUAUCUAUUUCCCUUUUUCAAGCUCAUCUUGGCUUUCUCUGGCUCUGGAUAUCUGCCGGGUGAGGCUAGCCUAGAAACCGCCUGUUGGUUUUGUUUGUGCUGACCUUGGCUACCUAUUUGGAGGGCAGAGUUAGUGGAGUGGUUUAAAAAAGGUGCAAGCCGUCCAUGCCUCAAAAGCAGCAUUGAUGCUGUCAGUAUAAUAAAGGUUUGUGAAACAGAAACAGACUUGCUGCUGACUUGCAGGGCAAGGUGAGGGGCAAGGAUUGCUGGGGGUGGUGGUGGUGGAGAAGAGUAAGUGAUACCGGGUACUCCCCGUGGGAGUCUGGGAGUGGUGUAUGGAGAGGGGGACAGGAGAGGUUGGCCUGGAGCCAUGCUCUAGGGGCAUAGAACAGGGGGGCUGUGGGCAGGCAGGAUGCUAGAGGAAGUGGGGGCAGGAUGCUGAUAGGACACAGAGGAGUAUGCAGGGAAUCCCAAGGGCCAACAGGAUCAUGGAGAGAAGGGAGAGAGCAUGGAGUAGAUUGGACACAGGUGCAGUGGACCAGAAGAGGAAUGAAGGGGGAUGGAGGAGAAUAGAGAAGACACGGCUAGUGGUGUAUAGGGGACAAAGGGGAGUCAUUGUGCAGAGGUGGACUGUACCGGGGUUGAUGGGGCAAUAGAAGAGAGGGCAUGGAAGGAGGUGCAGGAUACUGGGAAGCACAGGAGUCAUGGAAAGCCCAGGAGAACACGCAGAAGGGAUGAUGGAAGGAGAGCAUGGGUGGAGGUAUACAGGGGAACGAUGGGUGUGUGUUCAGGGGAGAUAUGGAAGUUACAAAAAUCCCAAUUGCUAUUCAAAGAAUCCGUUCCUAGUCAUGUCGUUUGUCUGAGAUUUAGAACUUCUCAGAGAAAUGUGCUUACCAGGAGAUCUAAGAGAGAUUGCCUCCCGUCCCGCCAGUAUUUAAACACAAACUGUUGUUAGAUGUGCUAUUGAGGUAGGGUGGGAUCCACGAAGGGACUUAGAUGUGCAAUGCUGAGUGUCACGGCACCUAAACUUGUAGGCAUGUACAAAAUAGAAGGAACAACACUGCAAUCCACAAAGCCGAGCUAGGCACCUAGGCUCCUAGACAAUGGAUUGGGGGCGGGGAGAGAAGUGCCUUAGAAUGUGAUCCACAAAAGCCAGCGCAUUAGGUGCCAAGCUGCCUAAACUAACCAAUGGAAGAUGCUGACCAUUCCAGUAGCGGGAGACAGAGAUGCUGUUUAUCCCAGAACAUUGCAAAUGUCCCUGUUUGUUUUGAAUGGCAGUUACAGGACAGAAAUGUCACUCUACAAAAAGAUUAUCUUCCAGCACAGUUCACCGUCCCUUUGGGAGCUCUCGGAAUGCUUUUGAGGUGCUUUAGACCUAUGAUGAAAUGAGUCCCUAGGGAUGCCAGGAGGAGACAUGGCAAAACCACUCCUAGGUCGCCGGAAUAUGGAGAGCAAUCCAGAUCUCGCCCCGGCUGCUGGCCGAACCGUAGGGAUCCUGGGAAGUGGAGACUUUGCACGCUCGUUGGCCACACGUCUGGUGUACUCGGGUUUCCAGGUGGUGGUCGGAAGCCGCAAUCCAAAGCGCUGCGCGGGCCUCUUUCCUUCAGCAGCUGAAGUAACUGCCCAGGCAGAUGCUGCAAAGAAGACGGAUGUUAUUUUUGUGGCAGUUUUCAGGGAACAUUACUCCACGCUCUGUGACCUGACGGAUGUGCUGGCUGGCAAAAUACUGGUGGAUGUCAGCAACAACACUGAAAUUAACCAUCACAAAGAAUCAAAUGCCGAGUACUUGGCUUCUCUUUUCCCAGCCUGCACUGUCGUCAAAGGAUUUAACGUGAUAUCCGCAUGGACCUUACAGUCAGGUCCCAGAGACGGGAAUAAGCAGGUCUUGAUUUGCUGUGAUAAUCAAGAAGCCAAGCGUAUAGUCGCUGAAAUUGCUCAAGUCAUGGGGUUCACCCCUGUGGACAUGGGCUCCUUGUCUUCAGCCUGCGAGAUCGAGAACAUUCCCCUGCGCCUCCUCCCAGCUUGGAAAAUCCCUGUCUUUUUGGCCCUGGGUCUCUUUCUCUGUUUCUACACCUACAACUUCAUCAGACAAGUCUUACACCCUUACAUCCGGGAGCAGAAAAACAAGUUCUACAAGAUCCCAGUGGAGGUGGUCAAUAGCACGCUGCCCUGCGUAGCCUACGUCAUGCUCUCUCUCGUUUAUCUACCCGGGGUCCUGGCCGCCUCUUUCCAGCUGCACUAUGGCACAAAGUACAGACGCUUUCCAGACUGGCUAGACCAGUGGCUGCAGCACAGAAAGCAGAUUGGUCUUCUGAGUUUCUUUUGCGCAGCCUUGCACGCCGUGUACAGCCUCUGCUUGCCCAUGCGCCGAUCUCAUCGGUAUCAGUUAAUCAACGCAGCCGUCAAGCAGGUCAUGGAGAAGAAGACUGAUGCCUGGAUAGAGGAGGAGGUCUGGAGAAUGGAGAUUUACGUCUCUUUUGGAAUAAUGGCCCUAGGCCUACUGUCAUUACUUGCCAUAACUUCACUUCCCUCCAUCGCAAACUCUCUCAACUGGCGGGAAUUCAGUUUCAUUCAGUCCACCCUUGGAUUUAUUGCCCUGGUAGUCAGCACCCUACACACCCUCACCUUUGGAUGGACAAGGGCCUUUGAUGAAAACCAAUACAAAUUCUAUCUGCCGCCAAGUUACACACUCACACUACUGGUGCCAUGUACUGUGAUCUUAGCGAAAAUAUUCUUCCAUUUGCCCUGUAUCCACCAGAGACUGCGGCGCAUUCGCAACGGCUGGGAAAAGGGAAGGUACGUGAAAUUCACACUGCCCAGUGCAACUGGUGAAUAUUCAAGCGGAGAAAGUUCCAGUAAUGUGUAGCAGAGCCUCUCUUAUUGAUGGAGAAUUUCAAAGCACUAUGAAGAUUUCUUGAGGUUUUUCCUAAUUGUGUAUGUUUGGUAUAAUUGCCUUGUGGGUUGAUAUUCAUAGUUGGUGACUUUAGAAAAAUCAGUUACUGUUAAAUUAGUUUGCGCAGUAAUAUUUAAAAUAUAUUGCUGAUUUGCUAGCAUGAUUGUUGCCUUAAAAAAUCAUCAUGACAUUUGAGAGAGCAGCUGUAAAUACAUGUAGAAAACAAAUGGAAUUCUAUGGGUCGUAUUGGUCGAUUGAGACAGUAGCUGGUGGUACUCUGUACUGACGCUUCUCUGUUGGGGCCCCAGCUGCUCUCUUUUUUAAAUAGCAGGGGGGGCAAUCCGUAUCCCAUAUGAUUAUGAAGAAAUCCUUCUGCAUGUGACCUGAUGGACCAUCUGAAUCUGCUGCUAAACCAAAACAAUGGUUCUGAGCAGUGUGAGCAGUCCCUGGGGUUCUUCCACAUGGGAAGUUGACUCUGAAGCUGAAUGAGGGCAGUAUAAAUCUCAGCGCAAACUACUUAACUCCUGCCACCACAGCAGAAACAUCCAGUGACUUGGAGAACUGUGGGAUGUGUUUCCAAACCUGACCCCCGGACACAACAAAUUGGAUGGCAUAUCUCAGUAUUCACGACUUUCUCAAAUAUGGACAGUGCAUUUUUUGGUCUUGUAGAUGUGGGCGAUGCAUGUGCAUAUUUGUACCGUUGGAAGAGUUGAUUUAUUUCCAAAGGUUAUAAUAGAUUUUGAAGACAGCACUGUGCCUGAAGUGCAUUUACACCUUAGCGUAAUCUGCAGUGGUCAUUGCGACCACAAGUUCUCAGCGAUGUGAAACCAAAGUUUAGUGCAUCCCCUACUGGAAGGAGUGUAAAGAUAACCUCCAAAAGGACUCGCAGCUUCAUGAUAUUGACUCUGGGCAUUGGGGAAAUGACAGCUGCCAGCUGAAUUAGCAGUGAAUAAUGGGGCGACGCUGUUUGAAACUACUCUUAUUAAACUCAAAUCAAUGUGCCCAACUACAUCUACAACAACAACUAUCAGGUGUAUUUGUUUCACCACCAGCAAUGACACAUCUCCCUCUCUGUGACAGAUCCAGUACCUCCAAAAAAUGGGACUUUACAUCUGUGAACAUUCUCACAAAGGCUAAAACUCAUCUGUCUCUGACCAAGUCUCAGUCAUGGAAUGGACACCAACGCAGCUACACAUUAUGGGCCUGAUUCUCCAGCGCCUUGCACCUUCAAGAGUCAUUUACUCAGCUACAAAGUGAGUAUCAUACACUGGCAUCAUACGCAGUUACAUGCCGCCAUGUGUAUCAUCUCUGGCACCCUGUGACCAACUCCACUCCCAUGGCUUCCAGUUCUGAGCAAUAUUGCUCCUCCUCCUAUCAGACAAGAGGUUACCACUGGCAGGUUACUGGAGAAAGUACACGCCAACUCAAGCCAGCCGCUGCACAAUGACCUUUUCAAACCACCAGCUGCACGUUUGCCGUCACGUCACCCAUUAUGGUCUCAUCUGCCAUGUCAGGAUGUUAGGGCGGAAACGUUCUGGUGAGAGGAAUGGAUAUCUGUUAUAAUCCCCAACCAGUCCCUUGUCGCCAACCCCACAAUUUGCCCGCUUGGUUUUGACCUGCCCCGUCGCCAAUGGUCCCUGUUGAACAGGUUCCAGACCGGGCAAGGUCUCUGUGCAGCCAGCCAGUAUCACUGGGGCCUUCGGGACAGCCCUUUGUGCAGCUGCAGCACAACACAAACAAUGCCGCACAUUGUCGAGGAAUGCCUGCUGACUAGGGUCAAAGGUGGCUUAGAAGAACUGCAUCACGCCACUGAAGAUGCCAAUCACUUGGCUAGAUGACUAUGCACACGCUCAAUAAAAAUACUAGCAUCGCUUGGCAAAACUUCUCACUUACUUGGCACAGGGGUGAAUGAUGCCCACACUCUGUGCAAGGCAGUGGAGAAUCAGACUCUAUAUUUGUUUUUCUUUAUCACAACGAUUGUUCAGACUGUCCACAGUCUAAAUUAAUACACCACUCUUGAUUGAAAACAAACCAAUGUCGUAGAUGCUUUACAACACAUACAAAUCCACAGUCUUUGCCCCAUAGAGAUUACAACUUGUCUGUCUACGACGACUGACAUACUUUACAACAGAUCCUUUAAAAAGGAGAAUCAAGAGGAAAUAGCAGAAUUACAUCAAAGUAUGAUUCAUAGAUUCUAGGACUGGAAGGGACCUCGAGAGGUCAUCGAGUCCAGUCCCCUGCCCGCAUGGCAGGACCAAAUACCAUCUAGGUGAUGUUAGGAUCUGGUUGUAAUAGCCUUGUUUCCUACAACGGAGUAAAGUACACAAGUUGCUGUUGGACAGUGCCUUGAAGAUAUGACAGGUGUCAAUACCUGAAUCACCCGAGAAUUUUUAAAAGUUGCUGCUGAUCAGAACUUGCUGUUCAGCCUUAAACUGUUGGGGAGAGUAGGACUUACAAGCUGUUACUAAUAGUCCCCCGAUGAUAUUCAGGUAUUUCUGCUGUUGUGUAAGAAUCACCCUGGAAUCUCAAAACACCAUGUCUUCCUGCUAAAUAAAAGGAAAUCAAGACAAGAGUCAGUGUGUUGGAUUUCACAAUCACAUGAUAAUUCCUUCAAUAAGAAGGGAGUUAUUGUGUGUCCCUGUUGUGCCUUUCAGGGCAGGGAGAAUUAUCGAGAACCCCUCCAUGCCCAGAUCAUUAUCUGCUAACAUUACUCACAAAGCAGAUAGAUUUGACAGUAAUAUGUGCAACUGAAUGGCAAAUUACAGCUUCUGCGAGAGGUCCGAGCCAAAAUCACCUCUGGUGUAAUUCCAUCCACUUCAAUUUAACUCCUGGAAGUGAAUUUGAAUUCAGUCCACUUACUCAUUCCAGCCUCCUGCUGUAUUUCAUCAUCAGGCAAAGCCAACAUAAAAUCACUAGUUUUCACAUUUUCUGGCUAAGGUAAAGAAUCCUGAUUCUGAUGCUUAUUCUCACAUCUGUGCUUCCUCUCACUCCUCUGCAGCAGGCAACCUGGUAGACUGCUACACUGUUAGCAAAAAAAGAGGAGAGGGAGAGAAAGUUGCAUGAGUCUUAGGUAUCAGAGGGGUAGCCGUGUUAGUCUGAAUCUGUAAAAAGCAACAGAGGGUCCUGUGGCACCUUUAAGACUAACAGAAGUAUUGGGAGCAUAAGCUUUCGUGGGUAAGAACCUCACUUCUUCAGAUGCAAAGCCUUAGGCUUUGUCUUCAGUGUGUGUUUAAAAAAAACAAAAAAACUUUUUUUUUAUAUCAAGAUAACUUUUGCACUGAGACAUAGAGUUGACAUCAACAGGACCACUCACAGAGCAAGAAGUGGUAGGGCUGAACCUGUAGAGUCAGGGGUAGUCAAUAGGUGGGCCGUGGGCCAAAUCCGGACCACCAGUCACUUUUGAUUGAACCCCAAAAUAUUUGUAUUUACUUAUUAUCAUUAUUGUUGGGUUUCUUAUUAUUUUCUUUGGAGUCUGGAUCUUGCCUAUACCUUGACCAAGAAAUUUGGACCUUGACAAAAAAUAAAAUUGACUACCCCGGGACCAAUUUCUCUACCUACAGAACGCAAGUCCUAACUCGUGCAACUUUCAGAAUGGCUCUACCCUUUGGGGUCUAUAUCCUAAAUCCUUGAUACUAAAAUUUUGAAUAAUUUAUUCUGACUUUGUAGAAAUAAUUUUUAAAAAGUGUUAAGAAAACUUUGGAAAUGCUCUUUGCCUUUUUAACUUCUUUCCCCACUGCAUUAUUUGAUGUAGCUAGGGGGUUGAGGAAUGUUAGCUUAAACAUUUCCUGGUUACUGUUAUUACUUUUGUACUUGGUGUUUGUAUAUUUGUUGCAAGAUUUAUAGCUGAAAUGGCAAGCUGUUUGUAUUUUUAUUUUCUGUUUUGCUUACUUUGUGGCUUUGGGGUAUAAGAACCUAUUGUAAAGCUGUGAGAACAGGGCCAGUUUUAAUCCUCUUUCAUCGUUGGCCUCUUAGUCUUACAAUUAUAGCUCUAUAAAGCUAGAAUGAAUGUGCCUGUAUAAUGGCAUCAUUACUCACUCAUUCUUGUGUGCUGUCUCUUUUUCUAUAGACAAUACAAUGUUAAUCUAAAGUAUCUUUCUAUUAAAUAAAGCUAUCAAUAAAGCCA